CACGGUAAACACACCACUGACUCAAACAACCACCAAUAAUCACAAACCCAACACACAGAAAUAUGAAGGAUCCGGCAGCAACGGCGGCGGCGGGAAGAUCAUCUUCAACAAAACCAUCAAACAGUAGUGGAGGGGGGAGGAGUGAGAGUGAGAAAGAGAAGACCAAGUUGAGAGAAAGACAAAGAAGAGCCAUCACUACUAAAAUCUUUCAUGGAUUGAGAAAAUGGGGCGGCUACCAUCUCUCUCCUCGAGCUGACAUCAAUGAAGUCCUCCGUGAAUUAGCCAAAGAAGCCGGUUGGGUCGUCGAGCCUGAUGGCACCACCUACCGAGCCAAACCAGCUGUGAAUCCCUGCUUUGUCUGUGGCGGUGGAACUCCCACGACUAGCGGUAGUGUCGUCAUUGGCGGGGGAGGGGGAGGGGGAGGGGGAGGGGGAGAGUGUUCGACCACCACAUCUCCUCGCCACGUGUCGAUGGGAGAACCCAUGAUCAAUGACAACGGCAACGUUACUGGUAAUUUUUCGGGUAAUAAUGUUGGGUUUGGUGACAUUCCACUUGCACUCUACAUGUGUGGGUCUGGGAUCCCUAAUACUACUGGUCCCCAUUCCAUGUCUACCAACAACUCAAACUCUUCCACCGUGUACAGUGGCGGCGCGGCGGGGUUGCCGGUGGCACAGCAGCAGCAAUUUUACCUGCAGGAGUUGAGAGCAUCUAACCAGAACACACCUGCAGGCUCACCUCUGGGCCACCCCAUUUAG